AUGGACACCGACCGCCGAAGCGCGCAGAAUAGCGCCCCGGGCAACACCACCACCACCACCACCACGCCCACUCGAGAGGUGCCGUCGGUAUUGGGCAAGCGCGGAGAGCGCACGACAUACGUGAGCGAUAUGAGGGACAUGACCGAGAUACAAGCACAGAAGCGUCGCAAACUUGGACACGUGGAGGGGAAGCAGCAGACCGAGGCAUUGUCAGAGUCCAAAGCAUCAGCUCAGACAGAGGAGGGGAAGCAGGAGGAAGAAGCACUCGGGGCGCCAAUUACGUCGCGCCAGGCACACUCUCAAAGCCAGCACAAGCAGCGAUCAGACGUAGCUGCCGACAACGCGCCACCGUCUACAGCAUCCGCGCAGAAGGAGAAGGGAGGCGAAGACGAGCAGCGCGCAGAGGAACCUCUCGACUCGCCUGCCGAUCUUCAUGGUGUGCAUGAUUCGGGCGACCUAGGAGACGAUGACUCCGACCUUUUUGAAGAGCUAUUUGGGGAGCGCGACGAGCAGUACGAGGAGAGCUCGAGUGGCCAGGUCACUACAGGUGACACAGCAGCAUCUCACCCGCGAGAAUCGGUCCAGGAAGCCGACCAAGCGCAAGCAGCACCAAAGGCUGCAAUCGUCGAGGACGAAGUCAAUGCGAAGGCUGAGUCCCCCGAAGUGCCAAAAGCGCGGCAGCCAACAGGUGCCGUCCAUGAGAGCAUCUUUGAAGAAUUUCUCAAUCGCGUCGCGAAGCAUGAACAGGACGUGAAGAAUGGGAUCGAGGAAGCUGGGAGCGAGGAAGAGAAGGAUGAUACCGAAGGCGAGGUGGAUGACGCCAAGAGUGAGGACGAAAAUGUCGAGGAUGAGGAAGAGACUCCGCGAGCCCGCACAGAGCAGGACACAAGCGACGGCACAGCCGGACCUUCGCCACCAUCGCAAGAGCGUCCAGGUUUCAAGCGCAAAGCGAGUGAAGGCCUUCCAAGCGAAAGCGCCUCGAAGAAGCGACGUGACUCGACUCAGACCACCCCUCAACCAGCUACGCAGGCUGACGGUGCGACUGGAGAGCCAGAAGCAGCACAGCACAGUAGUGACGCUGAAAAGGCAAGAGAGGCCUACUUCAUUUAUGAACGUGAGAAGCUCGAAGCAUUGAAGGCUGGCAGCAAAAUUCGUAUCACAGAACUCGCAGCGGAUAUCAAGGACGCGGACCAGCGAUACUCCGACUCCAUACAGACUAUGAAGACAGCCGCAGAAGAUGUUAUGGAGGCAGAACGCCGUCUCGAGGCAGCAAAAGAAGAUGCUAGAGCUGCAGAGGCAGCUGUAGUGACAAGAAAACGUGAGGCUAAUGGGAUCAAGUUCCAGCUUAAGAAGGAGAAGACCAAUCUGCAGGGCCUUGAGCGUGAGAGCAACGAGCUGAACGCGAGGGCUUUCCGUGCCAUGCCAGGACAAACCCCUAGGAAUCCGAAACCUGGAUUCCGUGGCUUCUUCUUCGGUAAUGCUCCUCCACCUGAGCAAUCUGGUCGAGCCAAGAAGGGACAUCAGGCCCCAAAGAUCGAGAAGCCACAUGCUGGGUUUGGUGCCUCUUCAUUCGGGACUGCUCCCACCCCUGGGCAGUCCGGCCCAUCUGCAUCAGGCACACAGCCAAAGCCAGCCUUCCUCAGAUCAUCGUGGGCGAACUCGAACGCGAACGCUCGCUCAGACCCCUUUGCAGGCAGCAGUGACUGGGGCAUGCCAAAGCAAGAACCACGAUUUGGCUCGAAGCGCUUUCGCUCACGCCAGGAGCGUAAGAGCUCAAACGAAGACGACGAUUACGAAGCGCAAGACGAGGACAAGGCAGAUAUAGCAAACAGGCGAGCAGAGAACAACGGCUAUCAAGGCCAGGCGCGGCAAGCUCCGCCGCCGCCGCCGCCACCAGCAACAGCCACAGCAACGACUCAAGCUGCUGCACUACCAGUGACGGUACCGACCAUGGCUGUGCCUUCGGCCGACAUUGACGAAUACAACUACGCCUGGAGUGCUAUCAUUUCAAGCCCAGGUGCAGGAUCGCAGACUACACUUCCUUGUCCUCUCAAAGUACUCGACAAUGCAGGUCUCAGAACCGAGCUUCGGGGGAGGAUCUCCUCAGUACGUAACGCCGCGGACUUCUCCACCAGAAUAGAGCUAAACAGAGCCAUCAGCGAUAUGCAUACUUGGACUCUGGACAAUGUCGUCACGAUGCUCACCAAGAUCUUCUUCUUCGAUGGGUUUUUUGCCGGGCGAGUAGGGUUCUAG